UACAGGGAAAGAUAGAGCCGCAAGUUGGUACACGCGGUAUCGUAACAUGAAUCGGAUGAGGAACCGGGGCAAGGAGCUAGAACCCACACUCAGUCCUUCAUCUCCGCUUGCACCAUCCUCGUCUAGUAUACCGAAUCUCUCGCCUAUCAUAUCGCCCAACAGGGACAGUUUACCCUGCAAGUUGAUCUAUGUUCACCUGCCUUUCGACCAACAUUCUCGAUUGGAAGUAAGGUCGGGACAAACGGCUCGCGAUGCUAUCUCAAAAUUGCUGAAGAAGAGGAAUAUAACUCCGCAAUUAUGCCAUGUUAAUGUGUCCGAAGAUCCAAGAAGCGAGCAGAUCGAUUUGAAUGAGGACCUGGAAUCGAUAGCUGCUCGUCUGGAUAAAAAUGAGCUGUGGGUACAUAGCGAGUACCUCGACACUGUCAGCUCCAUCAAGCAUACGAUCGUUCGCAAAACCUUCAUUCCGCCUGUGAAUUGCGACGUGUGCAAGAAUCCAAUUUGGCUUGUAGGCUACCGUUGUGAAUUCUGUCAGUUCAAAUUUCACCAGAGGUGUUCAUCUUUCGCACCCCUCUUCUGUGAUCUGAUCCAAACCGUGCCACGAGAUGAAGCGUUAGCCCAGCGUCUUCUCCUGUUGGCUUCACGAAUGGAAGGACAGGAUGCAGAGAUUGCUGAAAGUGUACUUAAUCAGCUACAACCGAAUCCUAGUCCGGCUCACACUCCAGAAGGAAGCCAUGGAGAUCUUACACUGAAGAGAGGUGGUGGCGUCAAGCGGCAUCAACCCCCCGCAGCAGUGAAGGAGAGUAGUGGCCCCUUAGCGCCAUAUCCUCGUGACAGGUCUUCGUCAGCUCCGAAUAUCAACGCCAUCAAUGAUGAAUUGGUUCUAGAGCACAAUCAGCGCAUCCUGGAUGCUUUGGAGAUGCAGCAUCAAGCUGAAGCCGAAAACGCGGCUGCGCGAGGCGUGAAGAUAAGGCCGCAAUUCCAAAGCGGACAACUAUCAGCAAUCGGUAACGUGUCCGCAGGAAGCGGUAUCCGACGACCGACGAAUCGCUUACACCCGCGUGCUGAUACUUCACCAUUUGGAUCCAACUCCCCUUCGAGUACGUGUUCGUCUCCUCCUGCAAAUCAGCUUCAUGCUGGUCAGCUUUUACCCCCUACGUUACCGCUCACCCCACCGCAAAGUGCUCCGCCCCAAAAGUUUUCGCCCGGUUUCUUUAGAGGGAGGAGCCGUUCUCCGGGUGAACGUCUGGAACCGCAGCGGACUCGAGCUCUUGCAAACAAAAUAGCACAUGAAGACUGGGAGAUAGAUGAGAAGCAGAUAACCUUGCAAUGUAAGGUAGGAUCAGGCUCUUUUGGAACUGUAUAUCGCGGUGAAUACUUUGGUCUCGUGGCUGUGAAGAAGCUCAAUGUUGGAGAGCCAACUUUGCAACAACUGCAAGCAUUCAAAAAUGAGGUUGCCGUACUGAAGAAAACUCGUCAUCUAAACGUUCUCCUGUUUAUGGGAUGGGUACGUGAACCCUCUUUGGCCAUAGUAACGCAGUGGUGUGAGGGCAGCAGUUUGUACAAGCACAUACAUGUUGUUGAGCCGCGCGUGGAGUUUGAGAUGAGCACUAUUCUUGACAUCUUCAAACAGAUCUCUCUAGGAAUGAACUAUUUGCAUUCCAAAAACAUCAUACAUAGAGAUCUAAAGACUAAUAAUAUAUUCCUGAUGGAUGAUAUGAGCACUGUCAAAAUCGGUGAUUUUGGUCUGGCAACUGUGAAAACCAGAUGGAGCGGAGGCCAGCAGAGCCAGCAACCAACAGGCAGUAUUCUUUGGAUGGCACCGGAAGUCAUACGCAUGCAAGAUCCCAAUCCGUAUACUACGCUGUCCGAUGUUUAUUCGUUCGGCAUUGUUAUGUACGAGGUUCUAUCCAGCUCUUUACCUUAUGCCAAUAUAAAUAACCGGGAUCAGAUUCUGUUCAUGGUUGGUCGAGGAUAUCUGAAACCGGAUGCUACCAAGAUUCGACCGGAUACUCCAAAGACGUUAAUGGCACUCUAUGAACGUUGCAUAAAGUUUGCAAGAGAUGAAAGACCCGAAUUUAAUGAGGUGCUUGAUAAACUGCGUGGCAUUUCUCUUCCCAAGUUGACACCUCCAAUACAUCAAGAACAACUCAUCAUUUAUGGGGAUAUCUUUGAGAUCUACCGCGUAUUCGAGCAGGAUAUUUCCUGCAGCAUCUGCGACCUUGACCUUCCAUUACGGAAAUUCUGUGAUAUUGCUAGUUUGUGGAUGAAGAAGUCAAGUGAAGUGGAUGAAGCUUCAAGGUUAAUCACAGAAAUUCAUCGAUUGGUCGACGGAAGCACUUUUGUAGAGCAAGGUACAAUUGGAUAUGUUCAACCACUGGUACAGCUGCUACAACGUUUAUUCAUCGUGGAUCUUGAGCGUGCAAUGGAGCAUGGAAUGGAUGUGCUUUUCUGGUCGACAAUAAAGCACCUGAUAGAUCGCAUACGUGAAGAAAAAGGAAGCGGUGCUCAUAAUAACUUCGACAAUGUGGUUAAUUUGUGCGUGUCAUGGAUGUGCGACAUGGCUCUGAAGGCAAGUGCCAGAUACCAGCUGCCUUCUCUUGACAUCCCUGCGUUCAUCUCACAUUCCACUGGACUUCGCGAGGAUUGCACCGAGUUGGUAACUCCAAACACGGGAAACGCAUUCCUCGCUUUUGUCUGUUUGCGAUUGGGCGAUCUGUUCAGAUAUAAGGGAAGUUACGACCUUUGUGUACGUUUGUACAGAUGUAGUCUUCGAGCCAAUCCCUCUUACGGAGAUCCAUGGAAUCAGUUAGGCGUCAUAGCCACGCUCAGGGUCAAACCUCUCGACUCGUUAUACUUCAACAUUCGUGCCCUUCACUGUCCUGUCCCAUUCAGUCCAGCUACAACGAACGUCUCAAACCUAUUUAGAAAAUACGCACAAAAAGAAAUCGGCGCUGAAGAUUGCUUCUCCGACCAGUACAUCUCAAUUCUUGCAAAAUGUCAUUUUUUGGUGCCUGUGCCAGACAGCGCUGUCGAACAUGUUGGACCACAACUCACCAAUAGAAAACUCUUGGUUGCUCCUCUCUCAGUAUUGCAGAAUCUCGGUAACGCACAUGAUGAACUGCGAGCUCGCGAUACGCUAAUUAAACUCUUAACUCUGGCAUUCAAUAAGACCGUCGAGACUCUCUUGAAUAAAUCCACCCUUCGACCUGAUCUGCUGCUGUGCAUCGUCUUGCUUCUGAGAGUCCCCAUUGUUUGCCGAUUCGAUGCCGCUUUGGUAUCAACUCUAUCGCAAUCUCAACAAGAUGUGAUUUUUGACAAUGAAAAAUUGGAAACGUUCAGGUGUUUCUCCGAAUCGGAUCCAUUCGAGUAUCCUGUAAGCUAUGGACAAAUAGCUGACCAUCUAUCCGAGCUAGUUGGAGAGAAGUCUGAUUCAAAAGUGACGACACCCAUCAGCCUGCGAAAUCGGCGUCGACGUACCGUACUCUCAGCUCCACAGCAGCAGCAACAACAACAAGGAUCGCCGUACGGGAAAUCGAGUCACUAG